AAAGACCAAGCCAGUCGCCGGAAAAUGCUGACGUGUAUACCUCGUUCAAAACGAGCCGACGAUGAAUCCUCCGGUCAACCCGACGAUCCAGAUUCUAAACACGCCAAAUCUCUAACAUCUCAGCUCAAAGAUAUGGCUCUUAAAGCAUCAGGAGCUUACCGGCAUUGUACGCCGUGUACGGCGGCGCAAGGUCAGGGACAAGGACAGGGUCCGAUCAAGACCAAUCCGUCAACGUCGUCGGUAAAGUCGGAUUUCGAAUCGGAUCAACGGUUUAAAAUGUUGUACGGAAGAUCAAACAGUUCGAUCACAUCUACGGCGGCGGCGGCAGCGACGCAGCAACAGCCUAGGGUUUGGGGGAAGGAGAUGGAAGCGAGGCUUAAAGGCAUAUCGAGCGGUGAAGCGACUCCGAAAUCGGCGAGUGGGAGAAACCGGGUCGACCCGAUUGUGUUUGUGGAGGAGAAAGAGCCUAAAGAAUGGGUUGCUCAGGUUGAGCCCGGAGUUCUCAUAACCUUCGUUUCUCUUCCCGGCGGUGGUAACGAUCUCAAGCGGAUACGUUUCAGCCGAGACAUGUUCAACAAGUUACAAGCUCAACGAUGGUGGGCAGAUAACUAUGACAAAGUAAUGGAACUUUACAAUGUUCAAAAACUAAGCCGCCAAGCUUUCCCGCUCCCUACGCCCCCUAGAUCGGAAGACGAGAAAGCAAAAGUCGAGUACCAUCUAGAGGACACUCCUGCAACACCGCCUCUAAACAAAGAACGGUUGCCUCGUAAUAUCCAUCGUCCAGCUGGAUUGGCGGCUUACUCAUCCUCGGAUUCACUCGACCAUAAUUCAAUGCAAAGCCAGCAGUUUUAUGACUCUGGUCUACUCAACUCAACUCCUAAAGUUUCAAGCAUCAGUGUAGCCAAGACAGAAACUUCUUCCAUAGAUGCUUCCAUAAGAAGCAGCUCGUCAAGAGAUGCAGACAGGUCAGAGGAAAUGUCGGUGAGCAAUGCGAGUGAUGUUGACAACGAAUGGGUGGAGCAAGAUGAGCCUGGCGUUUAUAUCACCAUUAAAGUUUUACCAGGUGGGAAAAGAGAGCUUAGAAGAGUCAGAUUCAGCCGAGAGAGAUUCGGGGAGAUGCACGCGAGAUUAUGGUGGGAAGAGAACAGAGCAAGGAUACAUGAACAAUACUUGCGUCAAGACCAAGACUUGGCUGCUCUUGCGGCCAGAGAAGAAGCUGUUAAGAAAUGGUUCGCGAUCAACAUCGAGCCUUACUUAGCCGACGUCAACAUCACGACCAUUACCGUUGGUAACGAAGUCAUCCCCGGACCAAUCGGUCCUCACGUGCUUCCCGUCGUGCAGUCUCUCACCAACCUUGUCAAGUCGAGGAAUCUACCGAUCUUGAUCAGCACCGUAGUGGAUAUGUCGAACCUACAACAAUCCUAUCCACCUUCCGCGGGAAUGUUCACGCCUCAAGCGCGUGAACAACUCGUUCCUGUGCUGAAAUUCUUGUCUCAAAUGAACACGCCUAUCUUCGUCACCAUCUACCCUUACUUCGCUUUGGUGUCCAAUCCCGACCACGUCAGUCUCGAUUAUGCCAUCUUCGAAAACAAAUAUCCCGUUUUCGAGGAUGGACUAAUGAAGUAUACACACAUAUUUGAUGCGAGUUUCGACGCUUUCGUGUGGGCAAUGGAGAAAGAGGGCGUGAUGGAUUUACCAAUGGUGGUGGCAGAGACCGGAUGGCCUUCCGCGGGGGGCAAGGUGAAGUUUACAAAUCCGCAUUUGGCGGGUACAUACAACAGAAAUUUUGUCAAGCAUGUUGAAAGCGGUAAAGGGACACCGAAGAGGCCAAACAGUAGCAUUGACGGGUAUUUAUUCGCAACUUUUAACGAGAAUCAGAAACCAGCUGAAUAUCCCCAACUCAUUAGUUAUAACGCUUUAAUGAACUCGAGUUGCAUCAUGGACUGUCCUCAAAUACUUGUGUUCUUUCUGCUCACGUGUUCGGCAAUUCUGCUCAACAACUACUACAAGAAAGACGGUUCCAUAAUCGUGGUAGAAAAAAACGUCGUCUUAAACUAUGGCAUCCUCGGAAACAACCUCCCAUCUCCGUCCAAUGAUAUCAGCUUUUACAAGUCCAUAGGUGUUACAAAAAUCCGAAUCUUCGACCCGAACACAGAGGUUCUUAACGCCUUACGCGGCAUCCCUAAUAUUAGUGUCACCGUCGGCGUCAAGAAACAAGAUUUGGCUGCUCUGGCCAGCUAUGAUGCUGCUAAGAACUGGGUAGCGACCAAUAUUGAGCCUUACUUAGCCGACGUCAACAUCAUGUCCAUUAUCGUUGUGGUUAGAGCUGGAUUUGGAAGUUAAAUAACUUCUUAUGUUUUGGCUUAAUGUGUUUCAACAGUAACUGAUAAGUGGGAACAUAUAUUUUAGACCCUCUUUCUUGUGUCAGGAUUGUAACACAAAUAACACAAUGCAGUCUCA